CAUAAGAGCAGGAAAACCCUAAUUUCGUAGCUCUCUUUGAAGCAGCAGCAGCAGCCCCCAGGGUUCUUCGUCGUCUCUGCGGAUUUCGACCCAAUUUUCGCUGCUCGAUCUGCAAACAUGUUUUCUGCUCAGAACAAGAUCCGUAAGGACAAGGAUGUGGAACCUACUGAGUUCGAGGAGCAAGUUGCUCAGGCUUUCUUUGAUCUGGAGAAUACCAACCAGGAGUUGAAAAGCGAUUUGAAAGAUCUGUACAUCAACCAAGCAGUUCACAUGGAUAUAUCCGGAAACCGCAAGGCUGUUGUGAUUUAUGUUCCGUUCAGAUUGAGGAAGGCUUUCCGCAAGAUUCAUCUUCGCCUUGUUAGGGAGCUCGAGAAGAAGUUCAGUGGCAAGGAUGUUAUCGUGGUUGCCACCAGAAGGAUAUUGCGUCCUCCGAAGAAGGGUUCUGCUGUUCAAAGGCCAAGAACCCGAACUCUUACUGCUGUCCAUGAAGCCAUGCUUGAGGAUGUCGCCUACCCCGCCGAGAUUGUCGGGAAACGCAUCAGAUUCCGCCUCGAUGGCUCCAAGGUUCAGAAGAUCUUUUUGGACGCCAAGGAGAGGAACAACACCGAGUACAAGCUCGAGACAAUGAUGGGUGUUUACCGGAAGCUUACGGGGAAGGAUGUCGUGUUUGAAUACCCUAUCAAUGAAUGAACGAAGCAUAUGAUGAGAUGAAUUUUGUUCUGCUCAACGUUUUUGUGGGAUAGAAUGCUUUGAGUUUCCAGUUUGGUGGCGUUUGGAUGAAGAGGGAACUUCUUGAACUGUUAUUAUUCCUUGUUUCAGUUGUCAAGAUUUUCAAAGUUUUAUUUACAAGAUCCCACCAUCGUUUUCUG